CACAAAUUCACAAGUUACUGCUGAAUCAACCAGAACUACUGAGGUCCCCAUGAAGACACUUGGAAAGAUCUGGAAUUCAGUUGUAACAAUCAUUAAGGAGCAAAAGAAAUUACAUGAUUUACACUUACUCUUCCGAAAGUUAUUGGAUACUGAGAGACUGGGAAUUUUGACUGUUGAGGGUCAUUGGUCCACAUUGUUUCAUAACGGGUUAGCUUUUGCUUCAAUAAGCUAUAGUUUGUCUCUUACGCUUUCUGAUCCUGGAAAAAUAUCCACCAAACUAAGGAUUCCAUCAGUAGUAUAUUUAGUGAUAAAACUUAUGAUUAAAUCUUAACUUCAGAACAAUUUCAGACCCAAUGGAUGAACUCUAAAUUUAUAAGUCUUAAUCUAAUUUAUCCCUGUUGUUCGAUGUAUCAUGAUAAAGAUAGAUUACGACAAUGCAUAAUUAACCCCAUGGGGUUAGGAAUUAGAAUAAUUUUAAGUCUGUGUUUGUCCACGGUUUUCUCGAAUUCAGUAAACCUUCGGAAAAAAGUUUGAGCGUUUUGUUGAGGUUUUCUCGUCAUACUUUAUUACUGACUUUUCAAGCAAUAAUACUUAGUACAAAUUUUUCUCACAGAUCCUAUACUCGUAGCGAUGCCGAUUGCUCCAAAUACAUAUCGGGGCGUUUCUCAACCAUCAUGUUUAGCCAAAGUAAAGUUUGGAUUUUUAAUGGGGUUCUGUGUUGGUGUAGCAACUGGUGCUAUAUUCGGCGGAUUCAGUUGUUUAAGAUACGGUUUACGUGGACGUGAAUUAAUUCAAACGGUUGGCAAAGGCAUGUUUCAAGGUGGAGGUACAUUUGGCAUGUUUAUGGCUAUAGGAACUGCCAUCCGUUGUUAAUAAUUCUCUCAUUAGUUUUUUGACACCUCAAUUCCAUGUAUGCCUUCUUCGAUCUGUUUUGUUCUUCUCAAAUGCAGAAAUGACCUGUAUCUACUAACAUUCUAUGGUGUGCUAAUGAUGAGGAAACAAUGCUUAGAUUUAGGAGUCAUAGUAUUUUACUAUCUACUUAUCUCUUCUUGUUCCAAACAUUGAUUCGUUUUAAUGUAUGACUGAAUUUAUUGGGUAUGAAAUAUUUUUUAAAGUUGCUGAUAAGUUUUUUUCAAUAAUCCAUGUACAUAAAUAUACAUUACACCUUAGUGAUUAACGUC